AUGCGAGUGAUGGAGAUCACUUCGCCGGUCGAGGUCGUGGCCGAGUCCAAUGCCAGUAGCUCCCUGUAUGGCGUUUUCAACGGCCAUUUGAUGAAGUGGAGGUUCGAGGCGGAAGAAGGUGGACCCUUUAUCAGAGUGCCUGCUUUCUUUGGGGCCACUGCGCUGGUCACUACAACCACGUACGCGUUGAUCUUUGACCCGAAUACAUGGACGAUUUUGUCCAUCGUUCUAUCGCUUUUCAUCUAUGCGAUCUCGCUUCUGUGCAUUGUAUUGGAAGGACGCUUCAUGUGCACAAACCCUCUUGGAAUUCGUGCGCACCUUCGCAGCGCCCUCACGAGGAGGAACCGAGUUUUCCGAUUUGUCUGGGGUCGUGGCAUUCUGUAUAUCAUCGCCGGUGGUCUAAGCUGCGCCCUCAUUCUCAUUCCAUCGCUGAUAGCUGGCGGGUUCAUGGCUCUUGUUGGUUUCUCUGCUGUCGUUUUCGGCGCCUAUUCCGCCAGGAUGUUCUACAAGCUUCGCGACUCUUUGAAAGACGAUGACUACUUGGGCAAUGCCUUCAAUCGCUUUGACUAUGAUAAGGAUGGAUUCAUCACUCUACCGUAGUUUGUAAACUUGCUGUCAAUGCUUGGAAUGGACAUUGACGAUAGAAUUGGAAUCAAGGCUUUCCAUGCUGCUGAUGUCAACCACGAGUACAAGAUUUCUCAAGAAGCUUUCAUGUCAUGGUGGAAAGGGGCAUUUUUGAAGAACGGCAAAUCGCCGCGGCUGGACGACAUCAACUCGGAGCUCGGAACGGAUGAGAAGAAGGGAGUGCAUACCACCGCAUGGGCUAAGAAGCUGGGAGGAAGAUAAUGAAAAGCCGUACAUUCACGGGUCUUGCUCCAAGUUGCACUCUCCCAGCUCUAGCGGCGGCGUGGUUGAGAGUGGACAGCCACUAAAAGUGUGGCCUCCUGGUGGCUCUAGUUUGGACCCGAAGAGGAAGUUCAGUUGUUUAGUAACUUACAUGUAAUGCAAUUAUUUUCUAAUGC